AGGAAAUGAACUGGUUAGCUUCAGUGCGACGCGCAAUAACAAUCGGGCCAACAAUACCCUCCGUCUACUUAGACAACCGCAUCCCCGACGACCACAGAUACGCCAUCGAUCUCUUUCGCCCAGAAACCUCUGCCUGCAAAUCAUGGAUCGCUUCGCUCCCACCAGCAUCGGCCAUCUUCGUCUCCUUCGGCAGCAUGGCCACUCUCUCUGCUGCCCAAUUCGCCGAACUUGCCUUCGGUUUGGCUGCAACCAACCGCCCAUUUCUCUGGGUAGUCCGCUCCUCAGAAAAAGCUAAAUUGCCUCCGGGCUUCCCAGACAGCACUGUAAAGAAAAAUGGGGGUAUGUUGGUGAGUUGGGCUCCUCAGCUGGAGCUUCUUGCAAGCGGUAAAUUUGGCUGCUUUGUGACACACUGUGGGUGGAAUUCCACAAUGGAGGGAUUAGGUUUGGGAGUGGCGAUGGUGGGUUUGCCGCAGUGGACGGAUCAAUGUACUGAUGCGAAGUAUAUUGAGGAAGUGUGGGGGGUUGGGGUGCGUGCCAGGAAGGGGAAGGAUGGGAUGGUGGGGAGGGAGGAGGUGGAGAGGUGUGUGAGGGAGGUUAUGGAAGGGGAAGGAAGUGAGGGGAUUAGGAGGAGGGUGGGGGAGUGGAAGGAGGCUUCGAGGCGGGCCAUGGAUGAUGGUGGGAGCUCUGAUCGAAAUAUUACAGAGUUGUUGGAUAAGUUCUGUUGACGGCGAAAAAUUUGCGUAUGUACGCAGCGAUGCGUAUUUUAGAGAUGUUAUUCAGAUGUUUAUUAGGGGAUUAUAUUCGCGUUAUACCCCCUGUAAUCUCCUUGUAACCUACCUAUAAUCUAUCUGUACCUUCUCGUAAGUCUCACACUUCUGUUUUCACACAUUUGUAUGUUACAGGUAGGUUACAAAAAUGUUACAAGGGAUAUAACGCAGAUAUAACCCCCUAAUACCCUUUGAAUAACCUCCCUGACGUACGCAACGCUGCAUUCGUCUUACGUACGUAAAUUUUUCUCCUGUUGAUAUGAUGAUGAGAAUAAUUUUCUUAAAUUCCUCGUUUUUGAGAAUACAAAUAAUGAAUAAGAUUGAAUGGAAGAAGUGAUUUUCAAUUUGGUUUAAUUCAU